AUGGUUUAUUCCCUAUCACUGAAUACUUUCCUCGUCCUUUUGCUUUCCUCUAUGGUCAAAUCAGAUACUUUCACCCCAUGCUUUGACCUUAUUUUUACCAAACCUUUUUACUCUAGCUCAGAUGUCAAGGUAAAACAAGAUAGCACUCAUUUUGCUAACACAAGCCCUGCUCAAGCCAAUUCAGAUGUGGAACCAGCUUUUAGUUGCUCAUCAGUCCAUAUGAACAACUUCUCGUGGAGAUGACUCAUAAACUUCACACCUUGUGGCAAUUAUGCAUCUCUUAAUCAACCCUUAAUCCCCUUUAUGAAGUGACAAAAUUUUCUUGCCUAUCCAUUGAAAGGUUAAUUUUUAAAUUUUAUAUUAAAAUUGUUUGGGAAUUAAAAAAAUCAAAUUAGAAAGUAAAAAUUGAUUCAGUGUGUGUUGAAUUCAUUUAAAAUUUAAAUGAAUUAGCUCGAUAUUUGAUUAUAAUAAAUAUCCAUUUAAAAAAAAAAUUUGUUUGCUCACGGAGGAUCGCCAAAAAUAAAAGAUUUUUUUACAAUUUCGUUCUCUAACUGGGGAGUUAGCACAGAAGUAA